AUGUCUCACUCAUCCGCGAAUCAAUGUUGCGCGGGGAUUGCGAACGUUCUGGGGAACAAGGUUUAUUUCCCGGGCGAAUCUGGCUACAACACAACCGAGACGUCAUACUGGUCUCUACAGGAGGCAUCAGUAGCACCAGCAUGUGUCGUCCAACCAGAAACCACUGUCGAAGUGGUCAGCUUUAUCUCUAUUGUUACUAAAACCACGAACUGUAGUUUCGCCAUCAAAACGCAGGGCCAUGCGCCAGCAGCUGGAGCCGCCAACAUCGCAGACGGCGUGACAUUGGAUAUCUCAUGGUUGAACGGAAGAGAUCUCAAUGACGACCAUUCAGUCGCAAGCGUGGGCCCAGGAUCUGCGUGGCUCGAUGUGUAUACCGCGCUCCAGCCAUUCAACAGGACCGUUGCUGGAGGUCGUAAUGGAGCCGUGGGCGUUGGCGGGCUUACCCUGGGCGGUGGCAUUUCGUACUUCUCACCACAAGUCGGGUGGACCUGUGACACCGUCGUCAAUUUCGAAAUCGUGCUGUCGUCCGCAGAGAUCGUGAACGCCAACGCCACAUCGAACCCCGACCUGUUCCGCGCCUUGAAGGGCGGCGGGAACAACUUCGGCGUGGUCACAAGGAUCGACUUCGCCACAAUCGACACCGUCCCGUUGCGAGCAGGCCAUCUGAUCCAGAGCUCCGAGUACAUCAAGCCGGUACUGACAGCGUUUGCCAACAUUGCGUCGGCGGAGGACUACGAUGUCCAUGCGUCUAUCACCACGAGCUUCACCUUCAAUGUGACAACGAGCGGAUGGACGAUUGCGAGUAUCCCUGUCUACACGCUACCGGAGACGGAUCCUGCAGUCUACCAGGAGCUCUUCUCCAUCCCCAAUAUCACAGCACAAAGCACAGUACUUGCAGAAAACAUCAGCACGCUGGCAGCCGAAGGCCCCUAUCCUCAAAGUUACCAAAGGUUCCUCACAAGCACGUAUGCGGCGUCAGCGGUCCUGCUCAUAGAGAUAUUCGGCGUUGCCAACCAGACACUCCGGUCUGCUCGAUCGCCAUCCGACAUCAGCUACUCCCUCACCUUCGAGCCACUCCCCGCCGUCUUAACCCAGCAUGGCGCCGGGAAAAAUGUCCUUGGCACGUCGGAGGCCGAUGGGAAUGGUGUGGUACUGCUGAUAUCCACAUCAUGGUCGAAUUCGAACUCGUCUAGCUUUGCGCAGAGCAUGAGUCGGAAGCUACUGCAGGCUAUGGAUGACACUGCGGCCGCUCCUGGGGGUCUGCACCAGUUCAAGUACAUGAACUAUGCAGAUCCGAGUCAAGACCCACUCGAAAGUUAUGGGAGCAAGAACCUGGCGUUCUUGCGAGCAGUGAGUGCACGGUAUGACCCAAGCGGGAUAUUCCAGAAGAAGGUACCAGGAGGAUUCAAGCUCGGCUGA